GAUAGGAUAAGGCAAGCCAUUGGGCUCGUCGGAGAGACGAAGGCAAGGGGAAGUCGCAGCGCAGCGCUGAGCCAUGCUCGCCUCGCCGGCGCUCGCCGGCGUCCACGCCUUAGCGGUGGUCGUGCCCGGGAGACUCGGGAUCCCCCUUCCGUCCGCCUACGCCGCGCCGUCGCCGUCGCAGGGGCAGGGGCGGCGGGCCUCCCUCGUCGUCGUCGCCAAGGCCAAGGUGUCGACGCCCCAGGCCGACCGCAUCGCGCGCCAUGUCCGCCUCCGCAAGAAGGUUAGUGGCACCACGGAGAGGCCAAGACUCAGCGUUUUCCGCUCAAACAAGCAUUUAUAUGCUCAAGUGAUCGACGAUACAAAAUCAUGCACCCUUGUAUCAGCCUCCACGAUGCACAAGUCUCUUUCGAAGGACAUGGAAUACUCCGCAGGGCCAACAGUUGAAGUGGCACAAAAGAUUGGUGAGGUGAUUGCCAAGUCUUGCUUGGAGAAAGGAAUUACCAAAGUUGUUUUUGAUCGGGGUGGUUUCCUCUACCAUGGUCGCAUUAAAGCUCUGGCUGAUGCUGCUAGAGAGAAUGGCCUUGAUUUCUGAAAUCUCCAAAUGUUUGUUCAUAUAUCCGGAAUUACAUGUACUUUCUUUUCGCCCACCUGUUGAACAGAGUUUUUGUUUGUAGUGAUUUGAUUUGCUCUGCAGGCUUGGCUACUCUUUAAUUGUAUAUCACCUCUUUAUCAGCUCUGGCAUUAUUGAGUUCAUCUGCUUCAUGAAGAUCCUUUUAGCGGACAUCUUCUCAGUUGGAUAGAUCAAUCUGCUGUUAUCCUA